AUGGGGUGGAACAUCUUCCAGAGCGACGAGGAGAAGCUCCACGAGGACGAGGUGGAGAAGUACGUGCAGGAGGCGAAGCACGCGAAGCACGCCGAGUUCGGCCCGUCGGCCCCCGACAACGGCUGCUGCGUCCUGCUGGGCCGCUGCUGCGUCCACCACUGCGUCGCGUGCCGGCGCGGGUGCGUCGAUUUCUGCGCGCCCAUCGGCGCCUGGUGGGCCGGCGUGCUGCGCUACUGGUGCCCGGACCUCGGGGACCAGUGCUGCGAGCUCGACCCGAACGCGUUCCUGGGCGGGCCGCUCGACCCGCGGUCCCUCAGGGAGCGGCGGCGGGGGCUCUGCUGGGCCGCGCUGAUCCUCCUGGCGGCGCUCGCCGUGGCGCUGCCCCUCGCGGGCUACGGCGGCCACCUCGUGGGCGCGUCCAAGGACGUGGACCGCGUCUUCGAGAAGCUCGGGCGCGUCUGCAAGGUCGAGGCCGUCGUGGAGACGUCGCGGAUGAAGCGCCUCCUGAAGCCCAGCGUCAAGGUCUACGAGUACGCCAUCUCCGUGACGACGGACGACGACGGCGCGACCUACACGAGCGGCCCCGUCGCGAAGGAGCUGGACGUGGACACGCUCCGCAACUGCUGGCGCCCGAAGCGGAACCGGGACCGGGGCGACCUGCCCGACGCCUACAGCGACGAGCAGUGCGGCGACGUCGACUGCGUGGCGCUGCGGGACCCGGGCCGCCGGGCCAACGCGCUCUACUCGCGCGGCUGCUCGCUGCUCAUCGUCGCGGCGUGCCUGCUCCUCGCGGCGGGCGCGGGCACCUACCUCUACCUCUGGUACGCGGCCCACCGGAGCCGCGUGGCCUGCCGCACGGACUUCGACACGCUCUUCAAGGCCGGCGCCGACGAGGAGGCCCCGGCGCCGAAGACGAAGGCCGCGUCCGCGUACCUCGAGGGCGCGCUCGGCGCGGCCGAGUCGAAGCGGCCCGACGUCGCGACGGAGCAGCCGGGCGCCUUCACGGACGACCUCGACGACGCCGAGGCGCCGCCGUCGCCGGGGCGCUUCAACGGCGAGCGCGCCGCGGGCGCGAACACCAUGGAGGUCGUCGUGCCCGAGGACGCGGAGCCGGGGUCCACGGUCGAGUACCCGACGCCCGACGGCGGCACGACGCUCGUCGACAUCCCCGACGGCGCGACGCCGGGCACCGUGCUCAAGGUCGCCUACUAG